AUGUUGGUCGACCAAUAUCGGGAAUCGCAGAAGGAGAGGCUAGUACCUUCAUCAAUUGGUGAACCGGGUGUAGAAUUCGAUUAUCGUAUUAAAGAAGAUCAUAAAUUGCAUAUAAGAAUUGGAAAUGCAGCGGACGCUAAGAUAUUUGCUCAUCGUCAAUGGAAAGGAGGACUUCACCUCGCUGAUAGACUUCUAAAUGGCGCCAUAAACGUCAAUGACAAGGUUGUAUUAGAAGUUGGCGCAGGGACAGGUCUAACAGGUCUGGUUGCUGGCUUAUCAGCUCGUCAGGUCCUCAUUACAGACUAUGAUGAUGAAGAGCUGAUAGGAAACAUACGGCGGAAUGUUAAACAAAACGCUAACGAAAAGGCGAAUGUCAAGGUAAUGGCACAUACAUGGGGAAAAGAAGUUGAUGAUUUACUUGUUGGUGUUUAUAAAGAAGGUUUCAAUGUUAUUUUAGCAGCCGAUGUGAUUUGGGAUACAUUUUCACACGAAAGUCUCAUUGAUACGUUUGUAGAGGUGCUCAAGAAAGAGGACGAUGCACGCGUAAUAUUAGUAGCGGGCUAUCACACAGGCAGACAUGUCGUGCAGGCUUUCUUACGUCGCGCGCAAGCAAGAGGUCUCAUACCAGACGACGACGCCAUCAUGGAAUUUGAAAGAGGUAAACACAAGAAGACGUACAGCGAAGUUGAAUUUGAUCUACUAGAUGGACUUAAUGAUAUCGACAAAUAUCGCGAAGAACGACAGAAAAUGACUAUUGAAGUAAAGUUAAAAUGUAUCAAAUAG